CUUCUGGUGCGACCGGAGAGCGCAAAAGUAGCAGCUCUCCGACCCUGACGCGCACACCAUCUCCGACUCCCGUGGCACCCACGAAACCAACUUCACUGAGCGGGAAGAAAAAGAGAGUUUCUUAACAUCUCCCGGUGACUCCUCCAGCCAUGGACGCAUCUCGACUCGUAACGCUAUAUCUGGGCCUGCUCCUUGUUUUCAUUGGGAAUAUACCGUGUUUCCAGUCUGCUGCUAUCAUCUCUCCCUCUGCUCCGAGGAGGAACAGGGGAGCCAGGAUCUCUCAUCAGGACGGACAAAGGUCAUCCAAAUUCCUAAAAGACAUUUUCGCGUCUUCGCAUCCCCACAAAGAAGACCCAAAGGACGCUAUUGUGCCGCAUGAAUACAUGCUCUCUAUAUACAGGACAUACUCGGCUGCAGAGAAGCUCGGACUAAACGCAAGCUUUUUCCGCUCCUCUAAAUCUGCCAACACCAUAACAAGUUUUGUGGACAGAGGAACAGACGAUCUUUUGCACUCUCCUCUGCGAAGACAAAAGUAUCUGUUUGAUGUCUCAACCCUUUCAGACAAAGAGGAGCUGGUCGGGGCGGAAUUAAGGAUAUUUAGGAGAGCGCCCGGGGAUUUGCAGACAUCCCUGCAGACGACGGGUCUGUACGACAUCCAGGUCUACCCCUGCCGUUCGGACAGACUGCUGGACUCCAGGUCUCUAGACCCACUGGACUCCACUAAGGCCGGAUGGGAGGUUUUGGACGUGUGGGAAAUGUUUAAAGCACACCAGCACCAUUACCAUCACCCCCAUCAACAUCACCAGGGGAAUCAGCAGCUCUGCUUCCAGCUCCGCGUCACUCUCAGCAAAUCAGACACCGAGGUGGACCUGAGGCAGCUGGGGCUCGACAGGAGCGGACGGCCCCAGCGGGAGAAGGCCAUCCUGGUGGUUUACACCCGUUCCAGGAAGAGGGAGAACCUGUUCAACGAGAUGAAGGAGAAGAUCAAGUCGCGGAGGUCGGUCGGCGAGAGGGAGGAGGAGGCGGUGGUGAAGGCGGCCUCCGCGGAGGAGGGGGUGUCGCUGAGGGCGGUUAAAGGAGAGGGGCCCCGGCGGCGGAGGAGGACCGCGCUGAGCAGCCGGCACGGGAAGAGACACGGGAAGAAAUCCAAAUCCAGGUGCAGCAAAAAGGCGCUGCAUGUGAAUUUCAAAGAGCUGGGCUGGGACGACUGGAUCAUCGCGCCCCUGGAUUACGAGGCGUACCACUGCGAGGGGGUGUGUGACUUCCCCCUGAGGUCGCACCUCGAGCCGACCAACCACGCCAUCAUACAGACGCUCAUGAACUCCAUGGACCCCAACAGCACCCCGCCCAGCUGCUGCGUCCCCACCAAACUCAGCCCCAUCAGCAUCCUGUACAUAGACUCAGGCAAUAACGUGGUGUACAAACAGUACGAGGACAUGGUGGUGGAGCAGUGUGGGUGCAGGUAGCGGCUCUUAUUCACAAAAUAACAAACUACAAAAAACAGAAAAAAAUAAUCAAAGAUGAGUCUUGAUGGGUCCCAGGUUGAAGAUAUAAAGUCCUCACAGGUCUGAAAUGCUUUGACGCAUGACGCGCCUUGUCUUUAUUCAAAAGGGAUGCACACAAAGGCGAUAUCUGCUAUUUAUUCAGACUCAGUACAGCCACAGUAAUUCACACUCUCUGCCUUAAAGUGUUACGCCUUCAUUCCAACCCGUGCAACAAGUCAUCACUCAUCAAAACAGACUUUUGUUUCCCAGAGAGUGAGACGUGUCCAUGUGGCACAAGGAAUGGGUACAAGGCGAGACUGAGUCUGACUGUGCACCUGUUCGUGCCGAGAGGACCGGACUGUGGGCUUCUGCCUGUCAGAGCUUUGUUGCAGCUCUGCCGUGUGUGAUCCUGCCAACCAGGCCGGACUCUUUUGGGUAUGUGCAUCCAGGCCGUAAUUGCCACUGUCCAGCUGGAGUCAUUACAGGCCAGAGCAAGUGCCUGUUUCUAAAAAAAAAAAAAAAA